AUGAAUGAUGCUUGUUGUUCGUGUGGAUACCAAUUGAACUUAUCAUCUGCGAAUCGGAUAAUUGGAACAACCUCCAAAUACCGUGAAUCCAUGAAGAAAGGUGUGAUCUCCUUUCAAUCCAUUGAUCUGAGUCGCUUCACUCAGGUUGAUGAGGUGUCUUGCUUUCCAUUUUAUUUGGGUCGUAAUGAUACAAAAACCAAGCUUAUGUGUCGCCAGUGUGGUGUUCAUAUCGGAUAUGGGUAUAGAGAUGGAAAUGCUCAAUGCGUUUUUGAUUCACGGGUUGGAUCCGACCCAUCUUACAAGAAGGUGGUGAUGAAGAUUCGAGCUUUACAACCUUCAGAUAUCGAUGGCUAA